GUGCUCAUCUGCUGUUUCCACGGUAACCCGCCUCACCAUGAAUUGUCCCUGUGGCCUCCUCACCCUGAAGCAGGAACCAGUACCACUGAAGAGCAUCGCCGUGAGCGUGUCCAUCUUGGAGUUUGUGGCCGACGUGGCCGCCACGCUGAACUAUGAGAAUGAGGAGACAGUUCCGGUGGAGGCCUUCUUCGUGUUCCCCAUGGAUGAGAACUCCGCUGUCUACUCCUUUGAGGCCCUGGUGGAUGGAAGGACAAUCGUGGCGGAGCUGCGCGACAAGGAGAAGGCCCAUAGCGACUAUGAAGACGCCCUGAGCCAGGGUCACCAGGCCUUCCUCCUGGAAGAGGAUGCACUCUCGGGGGAUAUUUUCUGCUGCAGCGUGGGCAACCUGCCCCCGGGCUCACGCGCAGCCCUCACGCUCAAGUACGUGCGGGAGCUGGCCUUGGAGGCCGACGGGGCCCUGCGCUACGUGCUCCCGGCUGUCCUGAACCCGCGCUACCAGCUGUCAGGCUCGCCGGACAACAGCCUUCUCAGCAUGCAGUUCCCCAAAGCCCCCGAGGGGUCUCCACCCUACACGCUCAGCCUGGCUGCCUCCAUCCGCUCCCAGCACACGAUUGACAGGAUCCAGUCUAACUGCUCUUUAAGUGCCACCAAGUACCUUAGGGAUGACAGGACUUCUGCUGAGGUUUCCCUGACUGAUGGUCACAAGUUUGACCGAGAUGUGGAACUACUGGUCUACUACCAGGAGGUGCAUACCCCCAGUGUGACCGUGGAGAUGGGAGAUCCCAACGCCAAACCUGAUUCUCUGAUGGGAGCUCCAUCUGCAAUGGUGAGUUUCUACCCAGAUAUCCCAGAGACUCAGACCUCAAAAGCCUGUGGAGAAUUUGUCUUCCUCAUGGACCGUUCAAGGAGCAUGGGUUGCCGUAUGAAUAAGGAUUCACCUCAGACACGCAUUGAGGCAGCCAAGGAAACAUUGAUCUUGCUGCUGAAGAGUUUACCCUUGGGGUGUUAUUUCAAUAUCCACGGAUUUGGAUUUUCCUAUGAGGCAUUCUUUCAGAACAGUGUAGAGUACACACAAGAGACCAUGAAAGAAGCCCUGAAGAGAGUAAAGCUUUUGAAAGCUGACCUGGGGGGCACGGAGAUCCUGAGCCCACUCGAGAUUAUUUACCAAGCCCCUUCUGUCCCAGGCCACCCUCUCCAGCUUUUUGUCUUCACAGAUGGAGAAGUUGCUGACACAUCCAGGGUCAUUGAGGAAGUCAGAAAAAACAGCUCAAAGCACAGGUGUUUCUCAUUCGGCAUUGGUGAAGGCGCCUCCACCAGCCUCAUAAAAGGCAUCGCCCGGGCAUCUGGUGGCGCUGCAGAGUUCAUCACGGGCAAAGACAGAAUGCAGUCCAAGGUUCUGAGGUCCCUGAAAUGUGCUCUGCAGCCUGCUGUCGAGGGGGUCUCUCUGAGCUGGGAUCUGCCCUCCGGACUGUCUGCUCAGCUGCUUUCCCCACCAGAGACGUCCGUCUUUCAGGGCCAGCAGUUAAUCAUCUAUGCCCAGUUGUUGGGGACCAUGCCGCCAGCGGAGGUGACGGGCAAGGUUUGCUUCAAGUACACAUUCCAAGGCAAGAGUGUGGAGAAUAAGGUGACGUUUCCUCUACAAAGCCAGCUGGACCCCAACUUCACUGUCCACCGCCUGGCUGCCAAGGCCUUCAUUCAGGCCAAGGACAUGGGCCGCUGGAGAACAGACGAGGCAGACGUGAAAACCAUCAUCCAAGCCAGCCUGGAGUGUGGAGUCAUGAGCUCCCACACUGCUUUCAUUGCCAUCGACAAGGCCCUCAACCAGCCAGUUCAGGGGCCUCUGGCUCAAAGGAACAUCCCAACACCAAUGCUCUUUAGUUACCCCAUCACAAAUUUAUCCUUAUUUCAAGUCGGAUGUGUAGUGUUUGAAGAACAAGAUGCACAAGAGCCUGAGACUGAUCAGCUCCUGGAGUUGAUUAUGCUCCAGAAGGCCAAUGGCUCCUGGGAGCUAGAUGACCAACUGGCCGCUAUCCUCGGAGUGAGUCUGCCAGACAUGCAGACAGCACUGACUGUCAAGGACGUGGAGCCUUCCUGCUGGGCCACAAUCCUGGCAUUGACCUGGCUGAACACGAACGGUCAGGGCCGGAAGUGUGAGUGGGAGCUUCUGGAAAGGAAGGCGGUGGCCUGGAUUCACAGCCACUCAGGCUCUGUCUUGCAAACACUUGUGGAAGCUGCCGCUGCUUUCCUGAAGUCAUCGGUGGAUGUGGCUGUCUUUGCCCUCUGAGCACACUGGGCAAGACCCCGUCCACUUCAGCGUGUCUUCAUGCCUGACAUCUACCUAGCCUGUCUCUUGUCAUCAAAGUGCUGCCCCAUACUGCCUCGCUCCUGGUUCCCUCCAGAGAAAAUCCUCCUGUCCCCAGCAGGAACCCUCUGCCAAAUGUUAGUGGGUGGAAGUUCUGGAACAGAUACAAGGAAGUCCAAUUAGAUAGCUAUUUGCAACAAAAUUGUGCAAGUGCUGGGAAGAGUAAUUAGCAAAGAAAAAGCCAUCAAAGGAAUCCAAAUUGCAAAGGAAAUAGAGAACUACUGCUAUUUACCAGGGAAUGACAGUAACCAACAGUAUUCUAGAAAACCCUAAAGACACCACAAAAUAUCACUUCAAGUGUCAAGGUAAAAAAAGUUACAUUUCUAUAGGCAAACAAUGUGAUAGAAGAAAGAAAAUAAUCAUCCUUUUUCAUCACACUAAAACAUGAAAUACCUGGCAAUAAAACCUAACAAAAAGGGUGAAAGACCUGUACAUUGAAAACUGUAUGAUGCCACUAAAAGAAAAUGAUGACCUAUAGAAAUAGAAAAUUGCUUUUC